GAGUCGGUCUCAGGACUUAUUUGAGUACCGCGCGCCCCGGCCCACUUCAGCCGCCGCUGCAGGCACGCAGGAAGACCGCUUGGAUCGAGCGCGUCCAAACCGAGUUCGUUCGUCCGCCCGCCCUCCGCACGCAGCGACCGUGAGCCAUGGCGGCCGCCCACGGCGAGUUCAGAGGCUACCUGCGCACGAGCCUGGAAGUGGAAGGCGGCCACCAGCGGCUCCAGGCGGAGCCCUCGCACCGGCCGCUCCUGUUCGGCACGCUGGCGGUCAUGGGCCUGCUCCAGCUGGCCUCCAGCGUGGCCAUCCUGCUGCACCUGACGGGUUAUCUGCAGGAGGUGGACCUGACCACUGCGCCGCGACGCCCCAUGGAGGAAGUGCAGACGGAGCCGGUGCUGAACGCGCUGAGGGACACCAGGAAGAACCGACGCUUCAAGAACCACAAGGAGAACCCGCCCUCGGCCCACCUGCCCAUCAAGGUGCAUCAAGCCUUUGCCAAGCCCGGCGAACCCAACGCCAUCACCAUCGACUGGGACGAGGCGCACGGGUACCGUCACCGCAUGGACUACCGCAGGGGCAAAUUGCUGGUGGUCAAGUCGGGCUUCUACUACGUCUACGCCAAAACCUGCUUCCGCUACUACGAGUACCCCGGGGACGGCGGCCAAGGCGGCGGGACCUCGGUGGACGUGAGCAACACGCAACUCAUCCAGUACGUCUACCACGAGAGCAUCAAGCAGAACAGCAAAGAGGACCUGCUGAUGAAGACGGGCAGCACCAUGCGCUGGGACAACUCCAGCUACAACAUGUACUGCGCCCAGCAGGGCCGAGGCCUCUGGCUGGAGCAGGGGGACGCCUUGUACGUCAGCGUCUCCAACGCGUGGAUGCUGGACCCCGACGGAGUGGGCACGUACUUCGGGGCCAUUAAGUUGGGGAACUGAAAAGGACCCCCGAGCGGACCCGCCCGACUCGCUCCCCUCUCCUUUUUUUCCAAAUUGUUAUUCUCUGAGAUCGCAUUUGACUUUGACUUUGUUUUAGGCACUGACAUGACAUUAAAAAGGCGCCACUGAGGAACUGUUGGCGACGAAGCGCCGCCGUCACGGAAGCGGAAGCAGUUCCUCAGCCGCGGCUGUCCACGUUUUCCGCAAAAACAUUUUUUACGUUCACGACGACGCGAUUCCGUUUAGUUCUUGGGGUGCGGCCUUCGCUCCACCCGACUCGCUCGAUUGCCGCAGGAGGCGCGGUCACGUAUUUGCGCGUCGGUAGCCAAAGUUUCGGCGUGAGCAAAAUCCGCACUGCAAAGAGGAGUUUAUGGCGGCUUUGCCGAGAGCCUCUGAGCUGCGCGACGGUGGGUGGCGCUCGCUGUGACGACGACAAUUCGCGUUGAGCGGCUCAGGCCGCCUUUCGAGGGGCUUGACGGCAGUUCCGACGAUGCGUAAUUGUGCUCUCUCGUUUUGCGGCCGGAAAAACUAGACCGGAAUGAACUGAAAAAGACACGACGGACGGGCGGAGUCCGGCCGAUUCGCUGUCCGGAGCCUUCCUGGGCGUUUUAAUAACGUGUCAAACGUCAGAAUAGCGCAAGUAUCGGGAAUGACCCGAGGCUAGACCCCGCCCCUGUAUGGCCCGGGCCGAUGCGGAUUUCGUGAAUGUGAUUGGACGUCGCCGGCCAAGUGGCUUGUGGAUGUGUGUGGGGGAGGGAGAAAAUGAGUGUUCAAGAAGGGAGCGCUUUGAUUCCAUGGCGUAUUUUCACCACCGUGAGGCGCACUUAAAAAGGCUUGACUUGCACCCACUUCCAAAAUCUGAGUUGAAACGUUGUCGUGCGAUGAACUAGGACCCAGCACGUCGAUAAGAGCGCCAGGAUGCGUGCUCGCUAACAUUUGGCGGCGGUGACGAGGCGGCGGGGAAUUUUUGUAAGCGGAAGAACGAGCUUACAUUUCCCUCCCGCACUUGUACGCAAGUCAGCAGUCACAUGGAAACGAAAAUGAUCACAGCAAACUUUCGGCCUCCCGGCGACGCUCCAGUCUUGUAUUGCAGCGUAUCAAACGUCAAUGAUUUCUCCAAACAUUGAUUUCUCAUUUGCCAGUUAUGCUCUCGUGCCAUCGUUUUCCUUCUUGCGUUUGUGCUGGGCAAGCUUUCAAAUGGAAAGCAGCAAAAGUUCCCGGCGGCUUUGGGAGCGCCGCAGUAUCUUUUAAGACGUGUUAAGGUUGUGAAAACACCUUCCAGGUAAAAUGGAUUUCAUUGAGUCAAACAAACCAAAGUCACCAUUGAAGCAGGGCGCCGUCUAUACAGCUUUAAGGACCCCAGCGGAAAAGGUUCCUUCCUGACUUGUGAGAGGAACGUACGCUUGCGCGAGUUCAGAAGGUGCCGGCGGCGCUAAGCCACUUGGAAAGAGGGGGCCCAUUCGGGGGGGUUAAAAGGCCACCUUUUGACGGGGGUUGCCGUAAUCCGCUUCGGAUGCGACGGAUCAGAGUCCCCGAGGUGGAAAAAGGCCCCGCAAAUCCGACGGGAGUUUCUGAACGAACGCGCAAGUAAAAAGUUUGACGAUAAGCGCCGGCAAGUUAGUCGGAAGCCCCAGCCGACGGGCUCGAAUCCUCCGGGACUUGAAAUUUGCGACCUUUUCCACCGCACGGGGACGCUCGGCGUUGCCGCGGGCCACGAAAAAAACAACAACGAUGCAGAUAGCGGGACUGUCUGCUCUUGAACGCCGUUCAAAGACUUUUUCAAAGGGGGGGCGACCAAAUUGACUUUGGUUUGUCUUUAACUUAUUUUUUGGUUUUCAUUUGGCUCGCCGUCGAGGUAAAUGCGCCAACUAUUUAUUUAUUAGUUACAGUAAUCCAGUACGGAGGCGGCUCAUUGCUAAAGUGGCCUUUUCGACAAAGUCGUGUGUCUUUGAAGUCUGCGCGGCACUCGGAAAAUCGUAGGCAUGCUUUCUGUUGACAAAAACACGAGUUCUGUAUUUAUCAGGGAUGAGAAUUUUCCGACUUUUUCCAGACCAAAAUGACCAUUCUCGAGAUAAGCGUAAAUCUGUUGAGAAAAAAAAAAAAAAAAAUUUUUGGGG